CUCCUAACAUCAGCGCCAUCAGCGGUGAAUAGUGUGAGUUGUCAGUGUAGACAAUAUUUUCACAUAACCUCACACAAUGAGGAUGUUUUUCCGGUGCUGUUUUCUCGUUUUUCUCCUGCUGGAACUCACCCAGGCGGGUCCAGAGGAGAAGGAAGGCGUUAAGUACGCGGACAAAUGUGAAGCUUGCAAGAUUUUAGCCACAGAACUGCAGGGACGUCUGACGGAAACAGGAAAAUCUCAUGACGUCAUAGAGAUUGGAUACUCCGUGGAUGACGUAAAGCCAAAGAAGAGAACGUCGUACAGGAGAAGCGAACUGCGCCUUCUGGAAUCUCUGGAGAAUGUCUGCGAGAGAAUCUUGGAGUACAACAUUCACAAAGAGCGAGAGGACAGCACGAGAUUUGCCAAGGGAAUGUCGCAGACCUUCAAGACACUCCAUGGACUUGUAGACAAAGGCGUGAAGGUGGACUUGGGCAUUCCCCUCGAGCUGUGGGACAAGCCAUCGGCAGAGAUAACCAAUCUCAAGACACAGUGCGAGAGUCUUCUUGAGGAGUACGAGGGCGUAAUCGAGUCCUGGUACUUCAAGCAUCAGGACAAUGUGCCAUUGAUGCAGUAUCUCUGUGAGGAGCGAGCCCUGGUGGGACAGAAUCACAAAUGCCUCUAUGAGGUCCGUCAGCAGAAGGGCGACACUGGUGAAAAGGACGAAUUGUGAUCCGAAGUAGAGUAAAUUGACUGAUCUUAU